UCAGCCUAGUGUUUUAAGCAUUUUGCGCAGAUCGAGCAGCGGUUCCCUGGAAGAAUGGCGACCUAUCUGCCUGAGGAAAUGGUGGUGAAGAUAUUGUCGUUGCUGCCUCCAAAAUCUCUGAUCCGAUUCAAGUGUGUCUCCAAAAGAUGGCAUGCUCUCAUAGGAAACCCUGAUUUCCUCUCCAAAAACCUCCUCAAUCACUCCAUUCUCACCCAAAACCCUUGUGAUCCUCGCCGUCUUACCCUCUUCAUCGCCACAGACAUAUCCGACCCCCGCAAGCUAAUACACUCUUUCCGCUCUUACGACUCACUCAGCUGCGCGUCUCAAACCCCUCUGAAUCUCCCACCAGUGCCGCCAAGCUUUAACGUCGUCGCUUCUUGUAAUGGCCUCCUCUGUCUCUGGGACGUAAUUCGAAGCGACCUCUAUCUCUGGAAUCCCGCCACGUCAUCAGAACUUAAGGCUCUCCCGGCCGUGCCUUCUCGCGGUCGCGGCGAACCUAGACCCGCUAGAUAUGAUCCGGGGUUCUAUAAUGUAGGGUUCGGUUUCGACUCUGUAUCCAACGACUUCAAGGCGGUCGCGCUUGUAGACGAAGAUGACGACGGAUGGUUGGAAGCAGAAAUGUACAGCCUAAAAUCUGGUUGUUGGAGACCGCUUGAUAUGAGCGUGAACUUUCAGUUACCUCUCGUUUCGCAGAGCGCAGCAUUGGAUGGGGUUUUUCUAUGGUAUGACGACGGAGACGGGGAGUAUAUGGACCAGAGAAUAGUUGCUUUCGACUUCAGCGAGGAGGAGUUCGAAAUGAUGAUGUUUCCUGAUGCUAGCUUUCUUUGUGAUUACUACUAUCAAUACACGCGGACUCUCACGAAGUUGAAGGGAUCUCUUGCUAUGGUAGUUUUUCUUCAAGAGGUGGAAUUUAUGUAUUUGGAUGUAUGGGUUAUGCUUGAAUUUGGUGUUAGUGAGUCGUGGACUAGACUUCUUGGCAUUGAACUCCCAUUGCAUUUGGAAAGGCCAUUGGGGUUUUGGAAGAACGGGGAGUUGUUCAUGCAGGAUAUUGAGGGGCAGGUGGUAUUGUAUGAUCUUUUGGCAGACACAGAGACGAAUCUUCAGUUUGAAGGGUAUCGGAGAACGAUAAAAGUUGUAGACUGCAAUUUUGUUCAGUUUGAAGGAAUGGAGAGUGGUGUCAUACCUACCCCGUCAUGUUCAUCUUGUUCAUCUCGGUUGCAUUACACCACCGACUGCAACAACCAUGAAGAUUGCAGGAGAAAACAACAGGAGAUAGACAGGAAAUUGGAAGAGAAAGAGGUUGAUGACUGACUUGAAAGAUUGAUGGAUGAAAAAGCAGAGGACUUGUACGGAAUGGAAUGCAUUUUUUGUUGCAAUGAAUUUUGUUGUAAUGAAUUUAGAGUUUUGAACUAAAAAUUGUGUUUAAAGAACUUCUGUUGUAAUGAU